AUGAUCCAAUGCUGGUUAGACCUCAUGCGAGGAGUUUUUCGGAAGGUUCAGCACCUCCUACAGAUGCAGACGUCAGUGUCGCCAUUAUCAAAAAGCCCCUCCGCACCUCCAAAACCUGCCGAGUUAGACGUUGCUGAAAAGGUUGUCUCUGAAGAACAGACGGCAUCCACCGAGGGUGAUAUCCAUACUGCUGUUUCCUCCACCCCCAAGAAAGACGUUGUCGAAGAUGCAUCUCAAAAAACUUAG